GAAAGAAAGAAAGAAAGAAAGAAAGAAAGAAAGAAAGAAAGAAAGAAAGAAAUGGUGCAAUGCCUAUAUCUGACCACUGAGCCUCUGAUCUCAUUUGUCUUCUCGUGCUGGGAACUCAAACCGUUUCCUCUACCUCCUCCUUUACAACAUCCUAGCUGGCAGAGAUACUCCAGACUUCUCUGCACUGGGUGGAACCCUUGCUCUUCCUCCGUGCUGCCGAUCUUGGUGUGGAGAGGCUGCAUUGGGCUGCAUGGCCCCAAAAUCACGUCAAUUUUUUAGGAUUUGCCAGCUCAACUCGGUCGCUGAAGAUCCCUGCAAAGGAUUCUAGAAAUCUGGAGCAAUCAAGCAUCGUGAAAACCCACUUGUCACCUCCUGGACGAUGGAGAAAUCCCACUAUUUCCUGGAGACGGAUGACGGCCUUGGAGAGGAUCUGAACGCAGGUGCCACGGGGGCAUCUGGGAAGGAGCCUGGACCGCGGCCCUUGGACACCCCCUUCCAGAAGGAAGCCCCCCCCUCCCCACGGAUUCGGGUGAAUCUGAAUUAUCUGUCAGGACCCCAAAAACCGGGUGACCCAGACCGCUUCGACAGGGACCGUCUUUUCCAGGCCGUGGUAGCAGGAGAUCCUGAACUGCUCAAUGGCCUGAGCGAUUAUCUGCGGAAAACGUCCAGCUUCCUCAGCGACACUAAAUAUAGAGAUGGGAAGACAGGCAAGACCUGUUUGAUGAAGGCCUUGCUCAAUUUGAAAGACGAGCAGAACCCCACCAUCCCUUUGCUCUUGAAGAUAGACAAGGAGCUCCAGAAUCCCAGGCCUCUGAUCAACACUGCUUGCAGUGACAGCCACUACAAAGGCCACACAGCCCUCCACAUCGCCAUCGAGAAGAGGAACUUAGAUCUUGUGAAGCUCCUGGUGGAGAACGGGGCUGAUGUCCACGUCAAAGCUUCUGGUCAUUUCUUCCAGCACCAGCGCAAAGGGGCAUCCUUUUAUUUCGGUGAACUUCCUCUGUCCUUGGCUGCUUGCACCAACCAGCCAGAGGUCGUCAUGUACCUCCUGGAUAACCCUCAUCAGAACGCCAGACUGAACGAACAGGAUUCCAUAGGCAACACUGUCCUCCAUGCGCUGGUGAUGGUGGCCAACGAUACGGAGAAGAACACCGAGCUCGUGGUCAACAUGUACGACAAGAUCCUCAUGAAAGGGGCCGAAAUUGACCCUGCCUGCAAGUUGGAAGAGAUUGUCAACCGGAAACAGCUGACCCCUUUGAAGCUGGCCGUGAAGACUGGGAAAGUCGAGAUCCUCAAGCACAUUCUCCACCGAGAGAUCAAGGACCCCAAAUUCCAGCACCUUUCACGCAAGUUCACCGAGUGGACUUAUGGUCCCAUCCACAUCUCCCUCUACGAUCUGACCUCCAUCGACACCUGUGAGGAGAACUCAGUGCUGGAGAUCCUGGCCUACAGCAGUAACACUCCAAACCGGUACAAAAUGGUGGUCCUGGAGCCUCUGAAUAAGCUACUUCAGCACAAGUGGGAAUCCUUCAUUAGAAAAAGAUUUUUCAUCAGUUUAUUCCUCCAUCUGAUUUACAUGCUGCUCUUCACAGCCACUGCUUACUACAGGCCUCUAAAGGGCGAGCCUCCUCGUCCAGCGACAAUGACAAUCAAGGACUUCUUAAGACUUGUUGGGCCUGUCUUCAUUUUGAUUGGUGGCAUUUAUCUCCUCAUUGCUCAGAGUUUUUACUUCUGGAGAAGACGCUUCUCGUGGAAAAGUCUUCUAGUGGACAGUUGCUUCGAAAUAUUCCUAUUUGUGCAGGCGUGUGCCAUCCUGGCCUCCUCCGUCAUGUACUUUGCAGAUGUGGAGCAAUACGUGCUGCCCAUGGUGUUCGCCUUGCUUUUGGGCUGGGUGAACAUGCUCUACUACACCCGAGGCCUCCAGCAGACGGGGAUCUACAUCGUGAUGAUCCAGAAGGCCAUCUUGAGAGACCUUCUGCACUUCCUGAUGGUUUAUGUGAUCUUCCUAUUUGGCUUUGCAACAGCUCUCGUCAUUCUCACCGGGGACGCUUCCCAUCCUGCCCGCAACGAGUCCCUCCCGCUCAGCGACGACUCUAAAGACCAGGCCGUAUAUUCGGGGCUAUUUCAGGCUGCUCUGCAGCUCUUCAGGUUCACCAUCGGCAUGGGCGACCUGGAGUACAACGAGAAGUUGAAGUACAGCGACAUUGCGAUGCUGUUGGUCCUCCUCUUCGUCAUCUUGACCUACAUCCUCUUGCUCAACAUGUUGAUUGCCCUGAUGAGUGAAACUGUUACCAACGUCUCCGGGUACAGCCAGAGCGUCUGGCAGUUGCAGAGAGCCAUUGCUAUCCUGGAGAUAGAGAGAAACUGGAUCUGGUGCUGCAAGAAGACCCAGAGAGCCGGCUGUUUCCUCUCCAUCGGCUCCGAGGAGAAGAAAGACCAACGGUGGUUUUUCCGAGUUGAAGAGGUAAACUGGGAAGACUGGAACGAGAAACUCGACGCUCUCAGAGAAGACCCUGCAGGAGUCAACCUCCUGGAGAAGGAGUCCCCAUCAGAAUCGAAACUACGGGACUGGCUGGCCCGGGCAAAGUCGCGCUUGUCUUCGGUGGUGGAGGAGAAGGAAGAGGAGGAAGAGCGGGUGUCGCUGCAGGAAUUAAGGCCGUAGGGAGGGAGGGAGGGAGGGGCGGCACCUCAGCGACGAAUGGAUUGCCUCAACUGCUGUUCGAUGGAAACAGAGGGUGGAACUGGGUGUCUUUGGGCUGAGCUGACCCACUUAAUGGAGGAAGAAUUCUGUGAGCGCCUCAGUUAAUGCCGAUCAUAAAGUUAUCUGAGAGUGAAAAACCCAGCACUUUAGCCCAAUAUCCUUCUCCUUUCCACCUCCUCCUCCUCCUCCUCCUCCUCCUCCUUCUCCUCCUCCUCUCUGCUCCUCCUCCUCUCUUCUCCUCCUCCUCCUGCUUGU